CUCCACAAUAACACUCGACCAUUCACUCCUCGCUCACCAGAGUAUACGUAUCGUGGUACAUCAUGUCUACAGCUAUGCGGUCAAGACCUCUUCUUCGAGGCAUUGCGCAGAUCUCACAGUCGCAAUACAGAACACUAUCAACAACUCAAUCAUGUCUCGCCAGAAAGCACCCGAAUGGUUACGCUCCGCCUGCUCGGGAAGAUCUUGAAGAAUUGAGGGAGAGGACUAGAGAGUUUGCUCUUCGCGAAAUCCCAGAGGAUGUUGCUGUGAAGACAGAUCACGACAAUGAGUUUCCCAAAGACAUGUGGCGGAAGAUGGGUGAAGCAGGUCUGCUAGGAAUCACAGCCGACGAAGAUUACGGUGGUCUUGCUAUGGGUUACCAGGCACAUUGCACAGUCAUGGAAGAGCUCUCCAGAGCAUCAGGCAGCAUUGGACUCUCAUAUGCCGCGCAUUCCCAACUGUGUAUCAACCAGCUCAUGCUGAAUGGAAACAAGGACCAAAAGCAAAAGUUCCUACCAGAGUUGAUUGCAGGCAAGAAAGUUGGUGCUUUGGCAAUGUCAGAAGUCUCAGCCGGCAGCGACGUAGUCAGCAUGAAGAUGACGGCCAAGGAAGUCGACGGUGGUCAUGUCUUGAACGGAACAAAGUUCUGGAUCACGAACGGUCCUGACGCAGACACCAUGAUUGUGUACGCAAAGACCACACCAGAUGCCGGCUCCAAGGGCAUUACUGCUUUCAUCGUAGACACCACAGCCAAGGGCUUCUCAUGCGCACGCAAACUUGACAAACUCGGCAUGAGAGGAUCUAACACGGGAGAGAUCGUCUUCGAAGACGUCUUUGUUCCCACAGAGAACAUACUCGGAGAAGUCAACAAAGGAGUUCGCGUACUGAUGGAGGGCCUUGACCUUGAAAGACUGGUCUUGAGUGCAGGUCCACUUGGACUCAUGAAGGCAGCCCUUGACGUGACUCUGCCUUACACUCACGAACGCAAGCAGUUCGGCCAACCCAUCGCAACAAAUCAGUUCAUCCAUGGGAAACUCGCAGACAUGUACACAAAAUACAUGGCAUCAUCAGCAUUCACCUACUCGGUAGCUGCAGCAAUCGACAAUGACCCGGACAAUGCUUUGAUCAAGACCCAGGAUUGCGCAGGUGCCAUUCUCUAUGCUGCCGAGAGAGCAACUGAGUGUGGAAUGGACGCUAUUCAAUGCAUGGGUGGCAUGGGUUAUAUGAGCGAGAUUGCCGCAGGCAGGAUCAUGAGAGACGCUAAGCUUUACGAGAUCGGAGCUGGAACGAGUGAGAUCAGAAGGAUGGUCAUCGGAAGAGCCUUCAACAAGGAAUACCUUAGAUAAGCAGGCUGAUGACCAGCAAUUACUAUGGAAUAGUAUGCAAGGCAGUCUGCACAAGCAAAUGUAAUAGUCUACGUCGAUAUAGACUUGCAGCCUC